AUGAUUGGCAAACUCACUACCCCCGAUGUUCGGCAACAUUCACAGUCUCUGAAUCCAUCUGGACUUUCGAACAUGGACAAGCGAGCUUCUCUCCCAAGGACGACCCAUCGGAGCAACCCAUCGCUUAUGCCACCAUUCUCUGUCAUCGGCGGCAGAAAUGACCAGGCGUCACCACCAAAUCCAACCCCAGACCUGAAGAUUCGGCUCCCUUUGAAGCAAGCAAUUGCAGACGAUCUUUGCAAUUCGCCGUUCCCUAUGAGCAUUGCGCGAACGAUAUCUGGGGCCUUUCCGACGGCUACGCGAGAUUUGAUCUAUCGACUUAUCCUACAGGUGAAGCAGGGAACUCCAUCUCGAAUCAAACUUGUUAUUCAGAACCAUUCCACGGUCGCACAUGGAGACCAGCAUCACGCAUAUGCAUAUCUCAUCUUGACGGCGAUGGCCAGUCAGCCGGCAUCGCGUUUCAAUCCCGCGUUCAUUCUACGCCACACCAUUUCUCACUCAAAUUACUUGUCCAGGCCGCCCUCUGCCAGUUGCGUUCUUUUGCGGAUCUUCAACUUCUACUGCUUUUACUACCACAUUCAGUCUUUUUACUCCUGGUUCAUCGGCCUUCCGCUUCGCAUCAUCGAUACUGGGGUUCUCUUUCUAUGUUCACGUCGCCGGACAAUUCUUCUAUAG